AUGGGGGUGGAGGUCCGGACGCGUAAACGCCCAGCACCAGGUACAUCUCCGCAACCAAAGCCAGAAAGUCAGUCCUUGAAUGUGCCUUCCGUGCAAGAUCUGUCAUAUGGAUGGCAAGGACAGGAUGCCACAGACGGCACCUACACGGAUCCCCAGUACUUCAACAAUCAGAGUACCGAAGUCAACACUCAAAUGCAACCCAUGCAGACAUCGAACUCUACAAAUCAGCUUACCCGAAGAACACCGAAUCAACCUGUGAUACCAAUACCGAAUUACACAAAUGCGGGAAAUGGGUCAUGGCAGGUGUCGGAGCAAUCAGGGCAAGGUACAAAGAUGAAUGGGAUGCAGUCUGAUGACCUAGACCAAAGAGCACUUGCUGCGAAGAAGGAUGCGGAGUCAAAGCGAAAGCAAAUCCCACCAUUCGUUCAGAAAUUGAGCAGCUUUCUGGACGAGUCACGAAAUACCGAACUCAUUCGAUGGUCAGAAAGUGGAGACUCCUUCAUAGUAAUAGAUGAGGACGAAUUCGCAAGAGUCAUGAUACCCGAGAUGUUCAAACACAACAAUUAUGCCUCAUUCGUUAGGCAGCUGAAUAUGUACGGCUUUCAUAAGAAGGUUGGACUAUCAGACAAUUCAAUGAGGGCGAGCGAGAGGAAGAAUAAGAACCCGAGUGAAUACUCAAAUCCAUACUUCAAGCGAGGCCGGCCUAAUCUGCUGUGGUUGAUCCAGAAACCCAAGAAUCAAGGGCCGAAAGGAGGGACAAAGGGGAACAAGUCAAGAAGCGAAGAAUAUGAUGAAGAGAUUGAUGAGACAUUUGGACGCGAUCACAGUCCCUUUACAGGUAACCUCGACACUUUUGACGAUCUUCGAGGCGGAAGGCAAAAUUUGUUAACCAUGGGAUCGAAUCAGCCUACUGGCCUCCCCCAAGAUCAGCUGGCAAGUGUUCAGAGGGAGUUGCAGACCAUUCGGACAAACCAAAAUCGAAUAUCGCAAAUGCUUCUGGACGUUCGGAGAGAGCAUCAAGCCUUGUACGGACAGGCCAAAGCUUUUCAUGACCUACACGAGAAACAUGAUAAUUCUAUCAAUGCUAUUCUGACCUUCCUCGCGACCGUCUACAGCAAGAAUCUCAAUGGAGAGCAGGGCGGGCUGGGCGACAUGUUCCCAGGCUCAAUACCCUCUAAUGACCAGAAUCGCGGCAAUGUCGUUGAUAUGGGUGACGUACGAGAACAUGGGGAGAACAGUACGCCAAGACCAUUUCGAAGAGCGCCUUUGCUUCUAGGGGAUGGCAAAACUCCGCAAGCCUCAGCACAAACUCCGUCUGACGGCAAGAUCAAGAAGGGCGUCGAUGACAUGGUGAAACAGUACAACCGACAGAUGCGGACCUACAACGAUUACCCAAGGAAAGAUCAAACCCUCCAUUCUCCCGCCGUCCAAGAACUCUCUGACCGCUCUGGGAGUUCAUCCCCUCGUAUCAAACCUCAGUCCGACAACAAUCAACAACAGCAGCAACAAAUACCGCAAGCAGACAUCAUGUCAAUGCUCAACAACGCUAACGCGAAGAACAACGCCUUUUCCCCCAGCUCGCCAAUGGACUUCUCCGAAGCACUCUCGCAUCUCCAGAACUCACAAGGCAACACGCCACUCUCCCCUGACAGAAGACUAGACAUGCUCCAACUCAUGGGCAACGAAUCCAAUUCCCCAAAUUCUAACGCCCUCGCCUACCCCACAACCUCCACCCCUAUGGCCUCGCAGGCCCAAUUUGACCAAACGAGCAACAACCUCGACCAGCUAGGUCAGAUCAUCCGCGAACAAGGUAACAACAUUAACACCCUCUCCAAUACACUGACUCCGCUAAGCCCGAGCGGCUCAAUACCCGGAAUUGACUAUACCGGCGCUCCGGGCGAUUAUUCUAUCCCGCCAAACCAGGACCUGCUAGAUCUCGACAAUAUCUUCAACACCGACAGCUACUUCGGACAGAAUGAGAAUGGAGAGGGCAAUGGUGGCGAUAACAUCGAUUUCGGCGAUUUCAAUUUCGGAGACGAUCUCAACGGCCAAGGCGGUGAUGGUGGCUUCUCGAAUCAGGGGUUUGGGGAUCAGACGGAUCCUCAGGCUGGUGAUGGGGUUGGAGACGGGAAGGGGGAGGGGGAGGGUGAUAGCGGAUUGAGGGUCGAUGAGGUAGGAAGUAGUAAUGCCACGAGCCCGAAUACCGUAGCUACUGUUGAGGAUGAUGAUGGAGAUGGAGGGGUUGGGGGCGUGGCGAGUCCACCGAAGAGGAGGAAGAUUAGGUAG